AUGAGUACCGUCACGGUCAGUUCAGUUCCUCUGAACACACAUGAUAGUGGUAUAAAGCCUUACUUUGAUCAAAAGAUUCAGGAAACUGAAUUAGAAAUCAGAACCAAAACACAGAACUUGCGUAGGCUCGAAGCCCAAAGAAAUGCCCUCAACGAUAAGGUACGCUUCAUAAAAGAUGAACUGCGUCUGUUGCAAGAACCUGGAUCUUAUGUCGGCGAAGUUGUUAAAGUGGUUUCCGAUAAGAAAGUUCUCGUUAAGAUACAGCCCGAAGGAAAGUACAUUGUGGACAUUGCAAAGGAUAUCAACGUCAAAGACCUCAAACCAUCGCAACGUGUCUGUUUAAAAAGCGAUUCCUACACUCUGCAUAAAAUUUUGGAGAAUAAGGUUGAUCCAUUGGUGUCGUUGAUGAUGGUGGAAAAAGUGCCCGAUUCGACCUACGACAUGGUAGGUGGGCUCACACAACAGAUUAAAGAAAUUAAAGAAGUGAUUGAACUUCCUGUGAAACAUCCCGAAUUAUUCGAGAGCUUGGGUAUCGCACAACCAAAGGGUGUAAUUCUUUAUGGCCCACCAGGUACAGGUAAAACACUUUUGGCUAGGGCAGUCGCACACCACACUGAUUGUAAAUUCAUCAGAGUGAGCGGGGCUGAACUAGUUCAAAAGUACAUUGGUGAGGGUUCACGUAUGGUCAGAGAACUUUUCGUGAUGGCAAGGGAACACGCACCAUCUAUUAUUUUCAUGGACGAAAUCGAUUCUAUUGGUUCGAGUCGUGUCGAAGGUGGCUCCGGUGGCGGUGACUCUGAGGUACAAAGAACUAUGUUAGAACUUUUAAACCAGUUAGACGGUUUUGAAACCUCCAAAAACAUUAAAAUCAUCAUGGCAACAAAUAGAUUGGAUAUCCUUGAUCCCGCAUUAUUGAGACCAGGCAGAAUCGAUAGAAAAAUCGAAUUUCCACCUCCAACGGUAGCUGCUAGAACUGAAAUUUUGAGAAUUCACUCUAGGAAAAUGAACCUGACUCGUGGAAUUAAUCUAAAAAAGAUCGCAGAGAAAAUGAAUGGCUGUUCCGGUGCCGAUGUCAAGGGUGUGUGUACCGAGGCGGGUAUGUAUGCCUUGAGAGAAAGGAGAAUACAUGUAACUCAAGAGGACUUCGAACUAGCGGUUGCAAAGGUUAUGAACAAGAACGACGAAACUGCCAUCUCAGUUGCAAAGUUGUUCAAAUAA